CUGGCUGCCAGGCAGUUUGUGGCGGGGGGGGGGUCGCAGCACAACAAAGGCAGGCAUCGGCCAGGAUGAUGAGGAUGACGACGACGACGAGGAGGACGAAGUGGAGGUGGAGGUGCACUUAGCGUGUGUCCUGUCAGAAGGCGCCUCCGGGCCACUCGCGCACUCCUUUCGUCUCUGGACACUUGCGGAGCGGUCUGGCGAAAGCGGGGUGCUUUGGAUACACAGUUCCCACCUGCCUUGUCCCGCGGAGCGGAGCAGAGGGCGACCACUCCACUAACCAGUAAUACACUUCAUGCAAGGAGGACAAACUGCUCAGCUUCACAGACUGCUCAGGGAAAGCCUGCCAGCGUCUGCAAAGUUUCCCUGAAGCACUUCAGAUAGCGGAUGCCUGGACCCCAGGAGGAAAUCCUCGUCAGUGUUGCAAAAUAGCCUUUGACAAAAUGGGGUUAUUCACCCACGCCACUGUUUUGCCAGUUUGGAGUCAGGGUCUCAUGCAGCCUCAAUGCCAGAUGUGAAAGCUGCGCCAUGUGACCACUCGGCAGCGGGGCCUCCUGCCAGCUGCAGUAUUGAACGAUGCCUGAGCGACCGGCCUGCGUCUGUUUCCGCCAUCGGACCUCCUUUGCCAGUCUUCUCCACCUGUACCAGCAUGACUUGCGCUAGCCUGGGUGAUGGGCUGGAAGCGGGCAGUGGUGAGCCCAGCUGCCACCAUGGCUCCUUGCUGACCAGUUUUGGUCUGAGGUACUGCUCCACCAGCAGCAUGUAUACAGGGAGUUACGCGGCUCCUCCGGCCCAGAAUGAGGACGGCUCUUUCACGCCAACCCCAGACGUGUGUGGCAGCAGUAGGAUGUAUCGGAGUAUGGAGAACCUUCACUGGCCUCCUUUACACGACUCCAGGUUGUACUCUUUCAGUCCGCCAUACAAAAGCAUGGAAAGUGAAUUUAUUUUUCACUGCACGGCGACCAGUCACUGGUACAGUCCUCCGACAGAGGCCUCUCCAGUGGAGGGUUUUAUGUCUGCCUCUGAGGGGAUGCCGUUCUACCCCUGGAGACUUCCAGUGAAGAGAGAGCUGCCAGUGUUUGCCAGAGUACCACAGUGGCUCUUUCCCUCCGUCAACGAGAAGUUCAUGAAUGGUAACGCCAAAAAAGAGCUGAAGGAGAAGUUAAAACUUCAGGGCUCCAGGGUGGCCGAGCCAAAUAAACCCCUGCGGCCUCAGGCUUUGGUAAGCGGUCUGGCUUCUUCAAAGGAUCGCUGUGAACACGGGCCUACCGGGAGCGGCUGCUCUCUCCGUUGCAGUGAUGCCCACCAGGCGCCACAUGGUUCUGAACAGUCCAUGGCGCCAUUCAGCCGGAUGAGGGCCUCGAUUAUGCACAGAAUAACGAGCCCUGAGGAAAUCAAGCAGGAAGUGAUGAGGAGGCUGCAGCUCAGGCGUCAGUCCAGCACCCCCAAUCUCCAUCAGCCCUCUCUGGAGGACUUGAACGAGGUCCCGAAAUCUCAGACGUCUGAAUCGUUUGUGCGAGAGAGGAACAAAUUUCAGAGCAAAGCAUCGGAGGGGACCACCGACAAAAAGCGCCAGUCAAAGGGCAAACUGCAUAUCCCGUCCUUUGAGGAAUUCAAAAGAAUGAGAAAGAGAGAGAGCUGGCCGAUGGCACCUGCUGAGGACGAGACUCCGUCACGGGGCUCUACAGCCAAGGACAGCGACCUGCUAAAGGAGGACGGAGGGGCGACGACAAAAGACACGCCAGGCGUUGAGUGUGAACACCGAGGGUCUCAGACUCCGCCGAGUCCAGAGGAGGUCAGUGCGGUGGCUCCUGACAGCAGCAAUUCAGAUUUGGGCCAUUGCUUUGUGGACACUAGUAGCCUGGCACCACAUUUAUGCACCCCAAUAUGCACAAGUCCGGUCCCCAGGUCACCCCUGCAGACUCUCGUCAUACCCCAGGCAGGGGACACGGCUCAGAGCCUGAACACAACCCCAAAGAAGUGUGGCACCAGCUUGGCUGUCCCCGAUCAGCCCCACCUCACUGAGGCACAGUUGUCUUGCUGCUCGUCUUUGUUGAUGGAAGCGACGGACCUUUCAAGCUACGGCGCGAAAAUCUCGCGAAUGAAAGACGGAUUUAUUGACUCGGCCCUGGAUCUGAUUAAGAAAAGCUGCAGUGCAGAAAUUGCUGCUGUGUCCCCCGUCACAGUCUCACGUGACAUUGACAAAGCUGACAUCACCGCUCAAGAGGAAAGCAAUCAAUCCACUGCGGUUUCCAUGACAAUGCCGGCCUGCAGCACCGCGACUGAGACCAAAUCUCCGGGAGCUCAACCUGCCGUCUAUCCCCACUCAGGUUGCAGGCGGUCGAGCUCAGAUGCUGCCUACGACACGAGUGAGUCGAUGAAGGCGCAGAGGGAAUGUCGACUGAGGCCCCAUUUCAGUGAUCCCAUGCCAGCCGAUGCCAGCAAGAGGAAGCAGCUGGAGAUGAAAAUUGCGGCCGCGGCCCGUCUACACAGCCAGAGGCAACACCAUGACAAGGAGGCAGGCCCAACGAUCGCCAAGUCCAAGAGCCUCCAGCGCGGUGGUUCCGAGCCAAAGCCAGGAAAAAGCACAGGCACUUCAGGCUGCCCGCAGAAAGCGAAGCAACGCUGGAGCAAUUUAAGCUGCCUCAGCACUGACAGCGGUGUCGUGGGGAUGACCAACGAGAAGGACGAGGACGAAGAGUCGCAGAUUUUCCAGGAAGGGAGAUCAGCAGAUGUGGACCGUGUGGACAGUGGAAUUGGUCCAGCAAUCGCAAAAAACUGGAGGAACAAAGCCGUGGACGCCGUCGCUUCCAUCAAGGACUGGGACUCGCGAAGGCCGUGUUCAGACUGCGGGGCGCAGGAUAUGCAGUGUGAGCCACGGCUGGGUAGGAGGGACCACUUGUGUGAAAAGUGUGCAAAGCUGAGGACUGAGCGCAAGGAAGCCAUCUUAGAGUUCCUUAAUACUGAGUCGAGCUACGGGGAGGACCUGAGGAUCAUAAGAGAGGAGUUUUACUUACCAAUGCAGACCGCCGGACUCCUGACGUCUGACCAGCUCUCCGUGGUGUUCAGCAACGUGCAGGAGCUCAUAGAGGUGAAUGAGAAGUUCACAGAGGUUCUUCAGGAUGCCAUCGAUCGAGCCUUUGAUCAGGGGGACGAAGACCUUCUGACGGUGUGCAUCGGUGAAAUCUUUCUGGGGUUUGUUAACAUGCUUCCCGCAUUUCAGACGUACUGCCUUCAACAGUCUGCCUCCAUCAACAUGCUGAACACUCUGGAGAAGGAGAAAGAGCUGUUAAGAAUAUUUCUGGACGUCUCCCAGAAUGACAACACGGCUCUGCGGCGUAUGAACCUGAGGUCUUUCCUGAUGGCCCCUCUACAGAGAGUGACCAAGUACCCUCUGCUGCUGAGCAGGAUCAGUAACGCCACCUCGGAGUACCACCCAGAACACAGCAGUCUAAGGGAGGCAAAGAGCCGCGUCGAGUCCCACUUGGAGCACAUCAACAUGAAGACCAAACAAGAAGGCAACUCGUGGUCACUGCGCUCUUUUCGCCGGGACAGUCGCAAGAAUCGGGAGGUGAUCAAUAUUGAGAUGAGGGAAAUCUCCAUGAAGACUGUAGGCUGGCCUCGGGAGAACACCCGCUUUGUCAUGGAAGGCCUGCUGCAGUUGUCUCAGCCUGCUGACGGCCAGUGGGUGAAAAAGGGGAGCAAAGCCUUAAAAUUCCAAAACAUGCAUGUCCUACUGAUGGUCAACAUGAAAAGGACUUUUGAGGUGAGCCUCGAUGGGGCCGCCCUGGAGAACUUGGUCCAGCAAGAACUGGUGAGGGACGCCGUGCUGGUCCUCUUUAAGGACAAAAGCAACGGAAAGUUUGCGGUUCUCCGGGAACCCAUCCACCUGAGUAACUGUGUGGUUUCGGCUGAUCCGGACUGUGACGACACGUUCGAGUUGUUGGAUAUCAGGCGGGAGGCCUUUGUCUUUCGCGCCGCAGAGAAAUCUCGGACUAACCAGUGGUUUCGACAAGUUAAGAGAUACUCCCGAGAGCUGGGCUCAUGGAAGAAACGGCGCAACGCUCUGCCCAACAUUAUGAUCAGCACAACUCAGAGUCGGUCUUAGGUGCAGGCCAUCAAAGCUUUUCUACUCUUCUGUGCGACUCGGACCCGCUUUGAUGUUUAGCACAUGUGCAGAUUGAGCGGCAGCCAUCUUUGCACUGGAAGCCCACAGCUGGGAAUGUUCAGGUGGCGUAAGUGAAUCAGGAUGAAGAAAAACAGUAAGAACCAGCUGAUAAACCACCUCAUGUUCUGUGUGGCCGGGCUGUCGGAAGUGACGGAUCGGCGGAAGUUUUCUCUUUGGUUCAGAACUAACAAUCACUGAUCUCACUCACAUAACUGGCCAUUAUGCAGAUACACACUGUGGUAGCCUUCACACUGUUAACUCGGUGAAAACCGCAAUCCCAUCAUGCAUCACGACACAUUCCCUGGAUACAUCCCGUGAAUGUCUCUGGUGGCAUUUAUCACUGUGUGUGCGAGAGCAACAUCCAAAAACAAAGCAAUAAAAUGAAGAGUGUGUCGUGCGCAAGCCGUUGCAGCCCAGACAGUGUUGCGUGUGACGUGCAGGUUGUGUUUCUUUUCUUUUUUUUUUCCUUUCUUCUUUGCGCCGCCUUUUCCUUUAUUUUGCAGUAGUAAACGAGGCGCGUUUCAUAAGAGCGACAGGCGCACGCCAGCACGUCACGUCAGUAUUUCUCCACUCUGGCAGAGGGGUUCUGUGGUAAACGACGGUUAGCCAAUUCCUUCCUUUCACCGAACUCCAUCUUUAAUUAGCUGCCUUGUUUGCAGUGAUUCACUUUUGUCAGAAAAUUUACCAAAGAUUUUUUUGUCAUAGCUUUUAUGAACAUUUAUGUUUCACGUUAAUCCUUAUCCGUAUUAGCCGUCUCCCUUCGUUAUCAUUCCUAUAAUCACAUGAGCAGAUAUCAAGGUAGCACGUAAAAGAAAUCCACAGACCAAAAUCGAUUUGUUUUAUAAAACGUGUAAAGCUGAAACCUUCGGGAGGAGGCGGGUGGGGAUAGGCAGGGGAGUCUAAAUUUGUUAGGAGAUGCUAAAUAUAAAAAGCUUGUGAUUAGCAAUACAAAAGCAUCCACAUGCACAAAUAGCCGACGGGACUGGACUCCAUUACAUGUCAUCCUCGCCCUCUUUCAGUUUUCCACGGUAUCUGAGGCCCACCACCUUUUGACAGUCAUUGCUGCUUUUGGGACCUUUCAAAUCUCAGCUCAAUGUUAUUUUUGAGAAACUGACGUAAUAGGAUUGGCAAGCUUAUUGGCCUGGAUGGCCUGCUCCCGUUCAAAUAUUUAAAGGUUGUAUGUGGGCUGCCGCCCUGUCAUCUCUUGAACGGACUUUAGCCUCUCACUCAUGUUCUGCGUGCUCUUGGCUCCCGUCAGUGAGGUACUCGAGGAGCUGUACCGCUGAACGAUGGCAGAGGAUAAAAAAGUGAUGACGAUGAACAAUAACGCUGGUGUUCAAAUUUGAAGUCAAAGUAAACUUAGCCAGAAACUGAGCAAUCAAAGAAACUGCCACUGAAGCCGUAUCUGGACGAGAAUGAAGUCCGUGCUAGAAGUACACCUUAUGACGACUGGUGGUGAAUGUAUGUGUGUGUACCAACAGCUCAGACCACAUCAGCAACCCUCAUUUAUAACAAUAUGUCUGUCUGUACAAAUCCCCCCAUUUCUAAAUAAACUGUACAUACGAGUGCGCAUUUGGACCUUAGAGGGGAUACCCAUCUCCCCCCUCCCUGUUAUUCAGACCACACAACCUUUCUCCCACUUCAGGCACUGGAUAAAGUAUUUAUUACCAGUAAUUACCUCUGGACUUUCUGUCGCUUCCGAAUUGAUUAAAGAGUUUGAUUCGCACAGUUUUAGUUUAACUUGGGUUUAUUUUUUUUUUUUUUUACAGACUUUUUAUAGAAGGUAAAAUCUUGUUAAUUUUUACGAAGAUGUGAACACACAAUCUGUAAAAAGUCACCAACCUAACAAUUCGGACAGGACUAACCUCUUCCUCCUUUUCCUCCUCCUCUUGUAAUAGUAAGCCUUACCGCUCUCAAGAUAUCCGUAAUCUUGGACAACUUGUGUUCUGAAGUGCUGGCUUAAAUAC